UCUUGUUUCAUUUAGUCUCUCACCAGGGAUUGAAGAAUGAAACUGCUGGAAUGGAUUCUUGAGCCUGAGUGUCACAGUUAAUGUCCACUGAAGAAUAUUCAGGAAAUGGCCAGAUUUGAAGAACCAGGACUUACAGACACUGGAUUGCAACUGGGUGGCUUGAGAUGUCUGGCUCCUAUGAGGAUUCUGUUGGCGUUGAAGUUUUUAGUGGUAGCUUUUGGGAGGUUGGAAACUACAAGCGGACAGUGAGGCGCAUCGAUGAUGGGCAUAGACUUUGUGGUGAUCUUAUGAACUGUAUUCAUGAGCGGGCAAGAAUAGAGAAGGCUUAUGCUCAGCAGUUAACCGAAUGGGCAAAACGAUGGAGACAACUUGUAGAAAAAGGGCCACAGUAUGGGACUGUUGAAAGGGCUUGGCAUGCAUUUAUGUCUGAGGCGGAAAAAGUAAGCGAAUUACACCUAGAAGUAAAAAGUGCUCUAAUGAAUGAGGACUUCGAAAAGAUAAAGAACUGGCAGAAGGACUCCUUUCACAAGCAAAUGAUAGGUGGAUUUAAGGAAACUAAGGAAGCUGACGAUGGGUUUAGGAAAGCUCAGAAACCAUGGGCUAAAAAAUUAAAAGAGGUGGAAGCUUCUAAGAAAGCAUAUCAUACAGCAUGCAAAGAAGAAAAAAUUGCUAUAUCCAGAGAGGCUAAUAGCAAAGCUGAUCCAGCACUGAAUCCAGAACAACUAAAGAAAUUGCAAGACAAAGUUGAUAAAAGUAAACAGGAUGUGCUUAAGACAAAAGAAAAGUAUGAAAAGUCUCUUAAAGACCUGGAUAGCGCUACACCGCAGUAUAUGGAAAAUAUGGAGCAGGUUUUUGAACAGUGUCAGCAGUUUGAGGAAAAACGUCUGCGUUUCUUUCGAGAAGUGUUGCUGGAAGUUCAGAAACAUCUUGACUUGUCUAUUGUUUCAAGCUAUAAAAAUAUUUAUCGUGACAUGGAGCAGAACAUUAAAGCAUCAGAUGCUGUGGAAGAUCUAAGGUGGUUCAGAGCUAAUCAUGGACCUGGCAUGUCUAUGAACUGGCCCCAGUUUGAGGAUUGGUCAGCUGAUCUGAACCGUACUCUGAGUAGAAGGGAGAAAAAAAAGGCUACAGAUGGAGUGACUUUGACUGGUAUUAACCAAACAGGAGAUCAGGUUUCACCACAUAACAAAAAUAGCAGCAACGUUAGUGUCCCGAGUAACACAGUGCAGUCAGUACAGUCAAGUUACAAUCCCUUUGAAGAUGAAGAGGAUUCUGGAAGUACUGUCAGUGAAAAGGAGGACAAUAAAAUCAAAAACAUUAGCAGCUAUGAGAAAAACCAGAAUUUGGGGACUGAAUGGUCUGAUGAGGAAACCAAUAAUCCAUUUUCAUCCAGUGAUGCCCAAGGAGAAUCUAAUCCAUUUGAUGAAGAUGCUUCCCCUACAAUGGAAGUGAGAGUACGAGCCCUAUAUGAUUACGAAGGCCAAGAGCAUGAUGAAUUGAGUUUUAAGACUGGGGAAGAGCUAACUAAAAUAGAAGAUGAAGAUGAACAAGGCUGGUGCAAAGGUCGCCUGGACAAUGGACAAGUUGGGCUGUAUCCUGCAAAUUAUGUAGAACCAGUCCAGUGACAAAUAAUUCUGAAUGUGGUAUAAUAAUGGACAGUCAACAUGAUGCCUAUAGAGGAACUGAAAUAUAUCUGUUGAUCUAUCUAUGUAUCUAUUAAUGCAAUUGAAUGAUGGAUUGUUAUGUUCCUUGGGCAAUCACCAAUGCUUCAGGCUGAAACUGGGAAAAGGUAGGCAUCUUAAAGAUAGAAAGUCAGCAAGAAAAAUGACAGCAUCCAUUGCUUAUUUACUAUUUUAUCAUGACUUUUGUAUUGUUCCAAAAUUUGCUAAAUCAGUGCCUCAUUUCCAGUAUUUUGGGGUUAGCUUAUGUUCACUCUUGUUCAAUCAGUUAUUAAUUGAUCUUCAUAAUUUGAAAUUUGAUUUUUUUUAACUGCAAUAUUGCAUUUGUUCUUAGCAAUCUGUGAAAAAUGUGUUUUUAAAAUUUAAAGUUAUGUACUCUGUCAUUUUUCAUGCAUGGUCUACUUCAUCACCUGUUACAUGAAUUAUGACUCAGAAGUAUUCUCUCAGUUCUGUACUCUUUAAUUUUUUUCAUGCUGUCAGCAUGGCUUAAUAGUAUAAAAUGCCAUAUAUAGUGUCUAUUACCAAGAUUCCAAUAGAAUUAUCUGCAAAUAUUAAGGAUUAGUUUCUCUUGGUGAACGUUAUUAAUCCAUUUUGAUGCUUGAACUAUCAGUUUCCUAAAGGAUGACAUCAUGUGGAUUUUAAACAAUUUCCCACAUUCCAAGAUUGUCAUGAAAUUUACAUUUUGCAAGUUAAUGAUUUUUUGUGAUUUGGAAAGUUAAACAUAUAUGAAGUUUAUUUUUUCAAGCAAAAGAAACUAAAAUGUACUGCCUUUUUACUGAUAUGCUCUUUAAGUUGUCUAUAUGUAUAUAUAUAUAAUUUGAUAUUAAAAUUAAGGAGCAUGUGUUAAUUAGCAAGUCUAUUGUAUAUGCAUUAGAUUUCAGAUUGAAUCUGACACCAGUAAAUCAAUGUGAGUUUUAUUAACUUCAGUGGGAAGUUAAUAGCAGCUUUUAAAGUAAGCAAAGCAACUUAAAAUGCAAGCAUAUUUAAAUUUGCUGUGUCAAGUAUGUACAUGUUUAGGUAUAAGAUACAAGACUUAGCUGUACCCCAUCCAGCCCACUGUGGAUGUAGCCUUCCUCUUAGGAGAUAACAACUCUUCCCCUUCUACAUAAUAUUAUAGGCAAUUGUAGUUAUAAUUCCAUCUUUUCCCCCACCCCCACCCCGUAGGUGUCUCCAUCAACUCUCUCACAUCCAAUUCUGCAGGUAUGUGAGUUUGAUCUGCCUUUGUUACAGCAGGAUUCCUCUUCUUUGUAAUUGGCACUGGAGGGAUUAGAUUUCACUGCAUACCUCUGGCACCUUUUGACAGAAAAUGCAUCUAAAACACACUAAAGUAAAGCAAACGUAUUCUGUAAUCUAAGUCCUUAAAUAAUAAUAAUACUGUGGUUUUAUUCUCAAGACCUAUAAUUAUUAAUUAAAAUGUGAUUCCAAACACAAAGUUAACAUUAACCCAAUGUGGAUUAUUGUAGCAAAACACUGUAAAAUCUUGUUUGCAUUUGCAGAUCGGCUGUAGAAGUGUCAAACUCUAUAGAUUUGCAGGCAAUUUAAAUAGCAAAAUUGUGAACAUGUUUAAAAUGUUGCUUUAUAGAAAAUCUAGAACUUAUCAGGUAAGUAGAAAUGAUGUUUUAGGGAAUCACACUGUAAUUGAAAUGACAGUUGAAACUGAAAAUACUGUAAGUGCUUCCUGACUAUUCCAUUUGUCUGUGGAGAUUCAAGUAUUUAUUACUAUUGAAGAUUAAUUGUAUUAGGUUGGGUAUUGGAUCUCUGUCAUGAUGGUAUUUCAGCAUAAUUGUUCAGAAAUGGAAAUUUUGAAUAAAUGGUUAAGAAUAAGUCUGGAAUAUUCUUGGAUAGUACACUCUUUUAAAAAUAAAAUACUGAACAAAAUG